UCGAGCCAUUUACUGUGCACAUGGCACAUCAACAAAUGCGUGAAAGUCAAAGCCUACAACCUUUUCAACAAGAACUUAGAUUCAGCAGAGAGAUUGGUAAAUGGUAAGUGGCGGAAGAUCCUGCAAGCUACCACGGAGGCAGAGUACGACCGAGCCUUGGAUAACUUCAAGGAUGCAUACCAAUGGUGCCCGGCAAUCGUAGACUAUGUGAUGCAGCAGUGGGUGCCUCAGAGGGAAAAGUUUGUCAAAUAUUGGACAAACCAAGUUCUUCAUUUUGGAAACACUACUACAUGUAGAGUUGAGAGCGCUCAUAGAGCUCUGAAGGACUGGAUUGAUUCUUCCACCUCUGCUCUGGAUACACUGUUCGAGAGAAUAAACAAGGCUAUUGAUACUCAGAGGAACGGCAUCAAGAACUCUCUCGAGGACUCCAGACGGCGACAUGGCACGAUGUAUAGCCAUUUCAUAUUUAAGAUUCUCCAUGGUCGUGUGUCACACUACUGCUUGGGGUUGAUUCUGAGCGAGCACACCAGGAUGAGGGAGUUGGGUGAUGAAGUGGCUAUUCGGUGCGGAUGUGCUAUAUCGGUGACUCAUGGACUACCUUGUGCAUGCACCAUUCACCGCGUAAUUACGCAAGAUAGGGCGUCGUUACAUGUUGAUCAGGUUCAUCCAUUCUGGCGGACGCUCGUUAUCGGAGAGCAUGCUGUUCCACAGACAGUCAACCGUGAACAGGAGGAGUUGGAGCAGUUUCGUUCGAUGUUUGACCAAGUGUCCUCCAGCCACCCUUCAGUCAUUCGUAGUGCUACCCACGUACUUCAUGACAUGUUCAACUCGUCGUGCUUGGAUCAUGAGGAACCUGAGGGGGUCGAGCGACCACGGGGCCGACAACCACGGCGGGAAAGGAGUGCGUUUGAGUACAUUCGUGGUCGUGGUCGUGGUCGUGGCCGUGGUCGUACAUCGUCAUCAAGUGGUAGUCAAACAUCUUCGUCGGUGAAUAUGCCCGGCACCGGCAGAAUGGACAUUGAACAUUUUCCAUAUAAAGACAGGAUCCCUAACAUCAUGAUGCCGUUCCUGGACGGGUGGAAUGAUCCCCAGAACGAAAAUACGAUGCCUAACACAAAAUAA